CGGCCCCCUCCCCCGGCGCCGGCCAAGUGAGGCGGUGAUGCGGGCGCUGGCGGCCUGGGCUGCGCCGAGAGCGGAGACACAGGCUCAAGAUGGCAGAUUCCCACUGAGGCUGAGGGGGCCGAGCUCGCGCGCCGCGUUCCCUUCUCCGUUGCCAUGAACCGCGGACACCCCGGCCCCGAUGGCCCCCGUGUACGAAGGUAUGGCCUCACAUGUGCAAGUUUUCUCCCCUCACACCCUUCAAUCAAGUGCCUUCUGUAGUGUGAAGAAACUGAAAGUAGAGCCGAAUUCCAACUGGGACAUGACUGGGUACGGCUCCCACAGCAAAGUGUACAGCCAGAGCAAGAACAUACCACCUUCUCAGCCAGCCUCCACAACCGUCAGCACCUCCUUGCCAAUCCCAAACCCAAGCCUACCUUACGAGCAGACCAUCAUCUUCCCAGGAAGCACUGGACACAUAGUUGUAACAUCAGCAAGUAGCACUUCUGUCACUGGGCAAGUCCUCGGCGGACCACAUAACCUAAUGCGUCGAAGCACUGUGAGCCUCCUUGACACCUACCAAAAAUGUGGACUCAAGCGCAAGAGUGAGGAGAUUGAGAACACAAGCAGUGUGCAGAUCAUUGAAGAGCAUCCACCCAUGAUUCAGAAUAAUGCUAGCGGGGCCACUGUAGCCACUGCCACCACAUCCACUGCCACCUCCAAAAACAGUGGCUCCAACAGUGAAGGUGACUACCAGCUGGUACAGCAUGAAGUGCUGUGUUCCAUGACCAAUACCUAUGAGGUUUUAGAGUUCCUGGGGCGAGGGACAUUUGGGCAAGUGGUCAAGUGCUGGAAGAGGGGCACUAAUGAAAUCGUGGCUAUUAAGAUCCUGAAGAACCACCCCUCAUAUGCCCGGCAGGGUCAGAUUGAAGUGAGCAUUCUGGCCCGGCUGAGCACAGAGAGUGCUGAUGACUACAACUUCGUACGGGCCUAUGAGUGCUUCCAGCACAAGAAUCACACAUGCUUGGUCUUUGAGAUGUUGGAACAGAACCUGUAUGACUUUCUGAAACAGAACAAGUUUAGCCCCUUGCCCCUCAAAUAUAUUCGUCCGGUCCUCCAGCAGGUAGCCACAGCCCUGAUGAAACUCAAAAGCCUGGGUCUUAUCCAUGCUGACCUCAAACCAGAAAACAUCAUGUUGGUGGAUCCAUCCAGACAACCAUACCGAGUGAAGGUCAUUGACUUUGGCUCAGCCAGUCAUGUAUCCAAGGCUGUGUGCUCCACCUACUUGCAGUCCAGAUACUACAGGGCCCCUGAGAUCAUCCUUGGCUUGCCAUUCUGUGAAGCGAUUGAUAUGUGGUCUUUGGGCUGUGUCAUUGCCGAGCUGUUCCUGGGCUGGCCAUUAUAUCCAGGAGCUUCUGAGUAUGAUCAGAUUCGAUAUAUUUCACAAACACAGGGUUUGCCAGCUGAAUAUUUAUUAAGUGCAGGGACAAAGACAACUAGGUUUUUCAACCGUGACACAGACUCACCGUAUCCUUUGUGGAGGCUGAAGACACCAGAUGACCAUGAAGCAGAGACGGGGAUUAAGUCAAAAGAAGCAAGAAAGUACAUUUUCAACUGUUUAGAUGAUAUGGCCCAGGUGAAUAUGACAACAGAUUUGGAAGGGAGUGACAUGUUGGUAGAAAAGGCAGACCGGCGAGAGUUCAUUGACCUGUUGAAGAAGAUGCUGACCAUAGAUGCUGAUAAAAGAAUCACUCCCAUUGAAACCCUGAACCACCCCUUUGUCACCAUGACACACUUGCUUGAUUUUCCCCAUAGUACACAUGUCAAAUCCUGUUUCCAAAACAUGGAGAUUUGCAAGCGCCGGGUAAACAUGUAUGACACAGUGAACCAGAGCAAAACACCUUUCAUCACACAUGUAGCUCCCAGCACGUCUACCAACCUGACCAUGACCUUUAACAACCAGCUGACCACUGUCCACAACCAGGCUCCCACCUCCACCAGUGCCACUCUUUCCUUAGCCAAUCCCGAAGUCUCCAUACUAAACUACCAAUCUACACUCUACCAGCCCUCAGCGGCAUCCAUGGCCGCGGUGGCCCAGCGGAGCAUGCCCCUACAGACGGGAACAGCCCAGAUUUGUGCCCGGCCUGACCCCUUCCAGCAAGCUCUCAUCGUGUGUCCCCCCGGCUUCCAAGGCCUGCAGGCCUCUCCCUCCAAGCAUGCUGGCUACUCAGUACGAAUGGAAAAUGCUGUUCCCAUUGUCACUCAAGCGCCCGGAGCUCAGCCUCUUCAGAUACAGCCAGGUCUGCUUGCCCAGCAGGCCUGGCCAGGUGGGGCCCAACAGAUCCUGCUUCCCCCAGCCUGGCAGCAACUAACAGGAGUAGCUACUCAUACAUCAGUGCAGCAUGCGACUGUGAUUCCUGAGACCAUGGCAGGCACUCAGCAACUGGCCGACUGGAGGAACACACAUGCUCACAGCAGCCAUUACAAUCCCAUCAUGCAGCAGCCUGCACUGUUGACUGGUCAUGUGACCCUUCCAGCAGCCCAGCCCUUAAAUGUGGGUGUAGCCCAUGUGAUGCGGCAGCAGCCAACCAGCACCACCACUUCCCGGAAGAGCAAACAGCACCAGUCAUCUGUGAGGUACUACCAGGAUCAGCAAGGGUUUGAAGGGAAGAGAAGAAGAAAUAUCUCCACCUGUGAGGUGACUUCUUCACAGGCCAUCAGCUCCCCUCAGCGAUCCAAGCGCGUCAAGGAGAACACACCCCCACGCUGUGCUGUGGUGCGUAGCAGCCCAGCCUGCAGUACUUCUGUCACCUGUGGGUGGGGUGAUGUGGCCUCCAGCACCACCAGGGAGCGGCAGCGACAGACGAUUGUCAUCCCUGACACCCCCAGCCCCACCGUCAGUGUCAUCACCAUCAGCAGUGACACAGAUGAGGAGGAAGAGCAGAAACACGCCCCCAGCAGCACUGUCUCCAAACAAAGAAAAAAUGUCAUCAGCUGUGUCACAGUCCAUGACUCUCCCUACUCUGACUCCUCCAGCAACACCAGCCCCUACUCCAUGCAGCAGCGCACAGGGCACAAUGGCACCAACACCUUCGACACGAAGGGGGGUCUAGAAAAUCACUGUACUGGUAACCCCCGGACCAUCAUCGUGCCCCCACUGAAGACCCAGGCCAGUGAAGUAUUGGUAGAAUGUGACAGCCUGGGGCCAGUCAAUACCAGUCACCACUCAUCCUCCUACAAGUCCAAGUCCUCCAACAAUGUGACCUCCACCAGCGGUCACUCUUCAGGGAGCUCAUCGGGAGCCAUCACCUACCGGCAGCAGCGGCCAGGCCCCCAUUUCCAGCAGCAGCAGCCCCUCAAUCUCAGCCAGGCUCAACAGCACAUGGCUGCAGACCGUGCUGGGAACCACCGUCGACAGCAGGCCUACAUCACUCCCACCAUGGCCCAGGCUCCAUACACCUUUCCGCACAACAGCCCCAGCCACGGCACUGUGCACCCCCACCUGGCCGCUGCCACCCACCUUCCCACCCAGCCUCACCUCUACACCUACACAGCACCAACAGCCCUGGGCUCCACUGGCACCAUGGCCCACCUAGUGGCCUCCCAAGGCUCAGCGCGCCACACCGUGCAGCACACUGCCUACCCAGCCAGCAUCGUCCACCAGGUCCCUGUGAGCAUGGGGCCCCGGGUCCUUCCCUCACCCACCAUCCACCCCAGUCAGUAUCCAACCCAGUUUGCCCACCAGACCUACAUCAGCGCCUCGCCAGCCUCCACUGUCUACACUGGAUACCCACUAAGUCCUGCCAAGGUCAACCAGUAUCCUUACAUAUAAACACUGGAGGUGGCCCGCAGGGAGGGAAGGGGAGGAGCUCCCAGACCAACCCUGGGGAGCUGGGAUUUUAUACUGUAGGUGCCGCACACAAACAAUGCAAACGGGACAGGGAGGGGGGCAGGGGACAAGGGGACGGUUGGGACACAAAUGAAACUUGAACUAGGAAGUGGAAGGACUUAGAGCAGAGAAGAAAACAUUUUAAAAGGAAGGGAUUAAGGAGGGGGGGACUAUGCUUUUUAUUUUAAAAACGAAAAAGGGAAAAAAAAGAAAAAUGUCACUAACAAAAAAAGAAAAAAAAAAAUGCCGACGAACCCACUCUGCACCAAACUGGAACGGAGAAGAGAGCCACAGGAAGAGUCUGGAAACAAGGGGCCCCAGUUUUUGAAGAACUUUUAUCUAUGAACUUUUCAAAGAUUAUUUUCAUAUGGCAGCAAGUGACAUUGAAGAAUUUGCUGUCAGGAACACCUGAUAUGGAAAUCCAAUAGAUUUUUAAUUAAUUGAACAUGAAAAUUAGGGAUUUUUCCAGAACUCGAAAGGGUCAACACCCCUCCCAAAUGUCAGGCCAUGGCCAGAGGAGGCUCAUAUUUGGGGUUGGUCUGGGAUUGGCAAAGUCCAGUUCUGGCUCAUUUGUCAAGAAUAAGGGUUGACCAGGCUGAUGGAAGAGCCCUGAGAGAGGGGCAGGUUUCCUCUUUCUGAGUACUCUGGAUAAAUCUCUAAGCAAUGUUAUUCCUCAGAUGUCAUUAAUAUUGUGUGUUGCAGACUUUACUUUUUUCUGAUUUGUUUUCUCUUUGAAUCACCUUCUAGUCAUGUAGUGUAGGACUAGUGGGCAUCAGACACCCUAGUAGAAUGUAGCACUCUGCGCCCUUGUUUCCUACCUUGUGUUCAACGUCAGUGAUACCAAUAGACUUAUUCCUCAAUGUAAUUGCACAAAAAAGUGAUAUAACAUAGGCAUGGAACCAAUGUGGUGGUCUGAGUGAGUGUGCGUGAGCACGUGUGGGUGUGAGUGGGGCUGCCACCCUCCCCGUGUGUCCCUUGGCACCGCCAUCACAGCCCUCACAGUCUUGAUUCUACAUCAUUCCCUCCUAGUGCCUUACCGACCGACAGACAGAUGCAGCGAAGGGUUUACUUCCACUGGAACUCCAAGAAAUGGGCUGGGGCUGCUCAAACUCAUUCUCAGCUCUUGUGUUGUGCUGUUGUAAUAUUUCACUUGGGUCUUUCCUUCUCAUUUUUGUUUUUGUUGUUUUAGUUUCAUGCAGAUUCUCUUUCCUGGGCUGUUUGGGAGCAGAAGGAUGUCAGAGAAGCUUAUAGAGCUAAAAGAAGGAGAAUGGGAGCCAGAUGGUGGGCACAUUGAUGGCAGGGCUGGUUCUUUUGGUGAGUUGGGCUUUGAGGGCAGAUCCAGAGAGACUCAUCCCCACCCCCACCCCAGCUCUGCCUGGUAUAGCACUAGGGUAUCUUAGCAAUGUUGGCUUUCCCAGGUAGCUGCCUCACCCUCCAAGCCCACCACCUCCCUUCUGGAGCCAUAUGGGGGGAAGGCAGGAGACCUGUUUCUGUUCUGGGUACACCCCUAGUCCCUCCUCCCACCAAAAGCCUGGUAUUCUCAGACCCACACACAUUUUUCUACCAGCUCCAGGGGCUGCAUCUGAGCUCCUGAUUUUGCCAGCUCCCUCCAUCUGUAGACCUUCACCUACAUAUUUGCUGUCAGUUCUUUCCUGCAGUUAACCCAGGUCUCCCCAGACAGUUUAAUCUUGGCCUCUUGAACAGAGAGUUGACGGGACACUUAGGAGGGUAGCCAGCAGCCCUGCACUGUUCUUGGGAAAACACUCCCAUGGAUGAUUAUGCUUCCAAAGAAAUCUGCUCUGCACCCUCCGCAUGUCUAAUGCAUUCUGAACAUUUUCUCAGGCUCUGAACACUGCAUGCAGAGAGCUGGGCAGGAGUUCUCUGUUCCAAGUGAGCAACUCUGAAGCACAUGGAUGCUGGAGAUAGGGUCUGGUCAAGGAUGGGGCUUAUAUCCAUUGCUCAGAUUGUUUGAUCCUGGUAUGAGUUCUAGCUGACCCUUCAUCCAAAUCUCCAGGUGCAAAGAGCUCUUAGGUCAGCAGCCUAACCUCAGACUGUCUCCCUGCCCUUUCCCUCUUCCCACCACAGGCCCUGAGGAAUCUGUGAAAGGCUUUCCCAGUGAUGCCUACCCCUCCCUCAAUAACAAAGCUGUUACUUAGCUCUUAGCUGUGAAAAAAAAACUCUGGAAAUCUCCCCACCUCACUCAUAAAUUCUCAUAAAGAACUAGGUUCCCAAACUGGAAAUGUCUCAGUACAUACUUUGGGCCAAAAGGAAGGGACAUUAAGACCUGAGCAAGGUCUGGUCUGCUUGGGCAGAAGUGGCAAGCGCCUGCUGGGAGCAGAAUGGUACAGGCCUAUAGCAGGGAGAUGCAGCCCUCAUCCUGGUCAGCACCUGCUUUAGCCAGAAGUGAGACAACAGGAAAACAAUCAGUUCAGAGAGGGGAGCAAAACCUUUGGAGGACCCCUGAGCCAGAGUCAUCCAGACCCCUGCCACCAUGGACAUGUCUCAGAGACUGUUUGACAGUCAAACAGCAGCAAUAGCCCAUGGAACCUUCUCAUUCUAAGUCAUCAGGCAGCUAGUCGUGGCUGAAAGCAGGCCUGGGUUUGCCUUACUGCGUGGCAUCUAGGGUUCCUAGAACCUUCUAGAGCUGAUCUUAUAAGGGAAAGAGGAUUCCUGCUGUCCUUCCAUCCCUUGUCUACUUAUGUUGAAGCUUAUUUCUCUUUCACCCUACAUGUCCUUCCCUUUUCUCCUUCUAGAUCAGGAAUGAAAAUUCUGUGCUGCUCAUAAAGUUAUUAUUGUACUGAUUAUUUUUGUUAUUGCCAUUGUAAUUAUGAUCAUUGUCAUCUUGUUGCUAUUUUAGUCAGGGUUUGAAGUGCACAUUUAUUCCAAGUAUCCUUAUGUUUUCUCCUUACUAUUUAAACUAAUUUUAGUAUAGCUAUGGGUAUAUGAGUAGGCUGUAGGAGUGUGCCAAUAGCUGAUUUUGUCAAAAAAGAAAAAAGAAAGAAAAGCCCAGGAAUUAGGAAAAUUGUUUCUUUUUUCUUCUCUGCUCCAAAAAGAACCAACAGGGACGAUCUACCACAAAACACAGACUAAAGAAGCAAGGUCUUUUUCUCUGCGCAGCCACCGUCAAUGUAUUUGUCUGGAUUCCCUGUGGCCUGGGAGCAGCUGGGUUGGGGAGGCCGCUGCACUGAGGUCAGGACUGUGGCAGUUUCUCGCACUUCCUCUGUGCUCUCCUGCAUGUCUGAAAUCUAGCAACAAGAUUUUAGUCUGCCUCACACCUGAUAUUUAGCAUAAGAAGAGUCUUCUUCCUUACCCAACCCCUUUCCCAAACUUUCACCCUUUCCCAUCAGCACACCCAGAGUAGGGCUUACCUCCCUCAGUGCAGAGACAGUUUUCCCCUCCUGGAAGCCAUUGGGUAUAAUGAGAGUGAUAGACCUCCUGUGAGACAUAUCAGCCUCCUCCCCACUUCCCUAGCUUGCUCCUCCCCCAGACAUAUCCUCCCAGCACACAAUUCUAGUGAGCCAAAUAAAGUACCGAGGAGGACAGCAGAAAGCCCCACACAAAGUCCAGCAGCUGUUCAGACACUGCUAGAAAUGUCCCUUCUAAGUCACUGACAAGAGAAGGACACUGUGGGACCUUGUAGCCCCCUGUCUCCUAGACUCUUGACUGUUCCCCUCAGUGCCCUGCAGUGUGGUGAAGGUGCCUAUACACUGUCUUCCUGCCAUGCUCAGAAACAACCAGGCCCCAAGUGAAAACAGAAUUGAAGGGUUACCUUCUCCAAAGAGAAGACAGCCGCCACUCAGCAAACCUUUAGCCCACUAGUCCUCCCCUGAUCUCUAGUCCUGUGCACAGAGCUGAUGCAUGAGGAGCCCACCCGAGAAGAUCCCAGUUAGUUAACACUAGUCCCCACUAGGUGCUCAGCACUGAGUCCCCUUAACAAAAAGGAUGGAGGAAAGGCCAUGUCCUCAGGACUAUACUUUGAGUGGAGGGAGGCCCACCUAGUCCUUAUUAGACCAUACUUCCCAGCCUGACACAUCCUCUGGGCCUUCCUUAGUGAAGAAACACUGUUCAACUGAGGAAGAUGAGAAAGGUCAAGGAAGGUCUAUGGAGCCUCACAACCCUCAGCUUGCUCUCUUGCUUGCCAGAUUCUUACCCAUGUGGUCUUGGCACUUGUGUAUGUCUCUGUGUUGGCGCGUUGGGUAAUGUGUUGGGUAUUCUGAGGAAAGUGGGUGAGCAGGCCAGUGGGUGGAUGAGCUUGGUGUUGAUGCCAGUUAAUCCUGUGAAGUAGAGCAAGUGGUCCGUGUGAUUCAGAGGAAAAGGUGGGCAGAAGUGGCCCAGUGCCCCCUGGACUGUAUUUGCACUUCUCCUCUUCCAGGUGGCAGAGUUGUCUGUGAGCUGUGAAAGCCAAUUUGGUUUUGUUCUCAUUGCCCCCAAGGACUGGAGCUACCUGAGACCACAGGGUGGAAGGGUCAGUCAGCAAGGGGAGAUCAGCAGAGCAGACAGGAUGACUUCCCUGGACUAGUCUUGGGAGUUGCAAACACUCAUUUUGAACAAUGUGUGGAGGAGGAUUGGGUUGGGUGAGCAUGAGUGCAUAGAGCUUAACGUUCUUGGAAAUUAGAGUGAGGUGAUGAGGAGGCUUAAGGAAGUAUUACUGGUGGUUCAUGAUGGUGAAAACGACUGGGCCCACACCCUGCCCACCCUCCCCCAGGUUAUCUGGCUGAGGGCAGGGUAGAAUGCGGGUGUUGCUCUUGCUGGUCUGCCAAGUAGCUGCUAGAACAGAAAACAGAAAGAAAGAAAAUAGCUCGGUGCCCUCAACUAGCAGACAGAAUUCCACCCAAGGCGAGGGCUCCUUCCAUGGCCCAGCCUGGGGCUGCACAACCCUGGUGAGAGCCAUUGCUCCACAGCACAUUCCAGCCCAGGGACUCACAGGCUUUGCUCCCCUCUUGUGUUUUUUUCCUCUCAUGUGCUUUACAGAUUUUCAACAGGGAAGCCUCAGAAUGAAGCAGGCCAGGGAUGCCCUUACCAAAUUGGAAAAAAAGACAAAACUGUCCCUUUCUGUAGCCAAAGAACCUUCUCAAAGACACGUCCAGAGAGGGACAGAUGUCAUCCCCUGUUCCUUUCUGGGCAGCAAUGAUGUCAGUGAUGCAAUUCCAUUUAUCUGUCUCCUUCCUCUCUGUCCUGACUCCUUUUUUUCCCUGCAUUUAUUUCAAAACCUUCGAAGAGAACUGGAGAAGUUCCUCGGGAACUGAGGCCCUUAACAGUGCUCAUGCAGGCUUAAGUGCACUCAUGUUAUAGUGGGGAGCCAGAGAACAAGCAGGUGGGCCUUCCCUGAGGACUCCUGCUGCAUCCCGGGCUUAGGAAGCUCAAGACUGACUUGAGAUGGCAGUGUCUAUCCACUUGCAUGCCUCCAGACUCUCCCUUAGUCCCACAGUGAGGACUCAGACAAAUGUGUCGAGCCACUAGAGAACCGAAGAUGGCAGAAUGAGGCUUACUCGGUUGCAAAAGAAACCUCACAAAGACUUUGGCACUGUGAUUCACUGUAGUGACCAACCUAAGAAAAGGUUUCAGUCUUUGGGGUAACUGGUGAAAGCUAGUUCCAAGCAGUCUCUUCCCUUCAGACUCAGUUGUCAGAAAAAGGAUCAUGGAAGCUGUCCUGUCACAGAACCAUAGCCCUGAUGGGCUUCCUGGUUCCUCAGCUAGACUCCCCCAAGCCAUCCAGAGCCCCUCAUCUCAGAUCCAUGCAGAUGGGCGUUACACUGAUUGCCUCUUGGUGACACUAGCAUUAUCCCUCAAGUAAGGACUUGAGUGCUUUCAGUGUGCCAGUUCCUUUGUGAGCACCGUCUCAUGAAUCCAUCACAGCCACCCGCCCUGGGAAGAAGGUAGCACCCUUUGAUUGACAGAUGGGAAAGCUUGCUCUGUGCGAAAGUGGCAUGGAGGAAAGAGAAAACAUGAUACAAAUCAAAAUCCUCAAGUUUCUAGCCCUGUUUUUUUGUUAAUCAGGCCUUUACUGAAAUGUGAUUUUGUUUCCCUUUCUGCUGACUGUAGUGAGCAGCCUCACAUUUGUGAUGAACCCUUUAAUGAUGCUUCCUUUUCCUGUGUGCCAAACACUGUGCUAAGAAUUGUUGGGUGAACCCUGUGAGGUCAGCCGUGUCCGUCCUGUACAAGGGAGGCGCCUGGUUUGCAGAGCCUGUAACCCCAGCUAGCAAGAGUCGCUGGAGCUGGGCACCAAGCCUAUGUGGCUCCAGCACUGAGCUCAUAGAUACUAGCCUCAGCUGCUUCCUGUGCAUGGGCAGUACCAUGCCCUGCCUUCCCUGUGCCGUGGAACUUAGCAGAAGGUCUGUGCAAAGAGGAAUCCUAAAUUCUGGAUGCAGAAGAGACAGAAUAUGCCUAACAUUAAAGAAAAAUCUCUGGGGAGUUUCUUUUGAUUCCUAGAAUUCCUUUUUGGUUUCUUUUUAGUGAAUCAACUAGCUUUAGUAAUGCUGCUACAACUCUUAUAAGAGUGAAGAAGGAAAAAGUGUUCUUUUCUUUUAAAAAAAAAUAAUUUUUCUUGCUUAUAGUUAAUUCUAGAAAGGCAAUACUAAAGGUAUAUAUUUUUUUCAAAAUGCUAUUUUUUACUGCACUUGAUAAAUAUCGUGACAGCUCUGAUCUCUGUAAUAGACCCACUCUUCAGUGCUGGACAGAACCAGCUGCGGGGUGCACACCAAAUCUGUAAAUACCAUGUGGGUCUGUGUCCAGGAACUUUUUUUUCUUUCUAUGAAAAAAAAAACAAAAAAACAAAAAAAAAAA